AUGCGGGUGCCUCCGCCACGCCAUGCCCUCGUGGCUGUGGUUUCCUUGAUCGCUACCAUUUUCGCGGGCCUGGCAUAUCGAGAGGCGCUGGUUGAGACCAUCCAAUCCAGGUGGAAAUCUCACGAGACUGUUCCGACAUUCAACAGCAUCCUCAUCAAAGACAAGGUCGCAACGAUAACCGACACACUCUUCACACCGCAUCUGAUCCCUCUCAUUCUGUACUACCACGCCGUUCUCGGACCCUCCUGGCCCAUCGUCUUCUUCACCUCCCAGACGACGUACGAUGAGCAUCUCUCGCCCAAUGCUUCAUCCCCAUCCACCUCAGCAACAUGGCGCCGCGCCGUCGACGCGGGCAGCAUUGAAACACGAAUCGUGUCGCCCGAGUUCAACCUGACCACGCGGAAAGGUGUCAAUCUCUACUUCUCCCAUCCCUGGCUGUGGGAGCAGCUCGCGCCUGCAAAGCACGUCCUCGUCUUCCAGGCGGAUGCCAUUCUGUGCGCCAAUGCGGCCCAGACUGUCGAUGACUUCCUCCAGUACGACUUUAUCGGCGCGCCCCUUAACGACACCCGGAAGGUCUACAACGGCGGCCUGUCGCUCCGAAACCGCACCAUGCUCCUCGAAGUCCUGCAUGGGGGAAACGACUGGUGGAAAGAUUGGAAUACGAAAGGCACAGAGUACGGAGGCCACGGCGAGGAUUACUGGAUGAGCGUCAUGAUGCGCGAAAAGGAUGCGAACUUGCCUUCCAUCGAGACGGCGCUUGCGUUCGCCCGACAGCUCCCGUGGCACAUGGAUCGCCCUGGACGGCCCGUCGGCUACCAUCGAGUGUACAAGGAGGACAGGACACGAGUCCCCGAAGCACGAAAAUGGUGUCCUGAGAUUGAUCUAUCAUCUCCCGGGAUGCUCUGA